UAACAGAAAAAGUGUUCAGUGGUGUUAAGAAUGGCUUGCAAUGUGAGUUUAUUCAAAACAAAAACAAUUAAAGAUAAGGAGAACAAGAUCCAUGAGGAACUGUACAAUAACAUUUAUUUGUUGACAUUAAUGUAUCAAACUUCAAAGGAAUUUGAUCAUGUUUUUAAGAAGGAUAUGUUUACGAAGAAUAACAAGGCUGGUUUCCAUCAGGUGAUAUAUUAUUUGCUGCACAUACUAAAUCCCAAUGUGAUGAAACAGAAGUUACCAUCAUGGCCUCCCUUGGAUAUAAGAUCUGAAAAUCAAUUCCGCAAUGAAGUUAUGAAAUAUUCAAAUGAGCUGAAUAGCAUUUAUGAGAAUGCUAAUAUCCCGACAGUGCUGACUUCACACUUAAUUUCACCAGGGGGUUAUAAAUUUGUUAAGUUCAUGUUGAAAAUUUCACAACUUGUUCUGUAUGAACAUCUAAAAGAGGCUAAACAAGAUGUAAUGUUGACAAUGAUUAAGCCAACAAAAUCAAAAAUAAUGAAUAAAAGGAAUAUAAGCCAUUUGGGAAUCAUACAUACAAAGAUACAUGAAGAAUGUGAUCAAAUUAAAAGUGAAUUUAACUUAGUGUUUGCUUCUUAUAAAGAAAAAGCUGAAAGUAUGAAGAACCAACUUCAAGGAUUUAAUAAAUCAUUGCCUGCAUUAAGGAAUGAAGUAAGAGAUUUAAAAGAGAGCAAUACAGACAUUGAUAUAGAUGAGAUAGACUUAAAAUUAGAAGGCAUCAAGAAGAAAGUGAAUGAAGUGAAUGAUGUUAGGGAUAAUUUUGUUCAAGCUCAAAAGUUGCUGAAUUCUUUACUGUGUAAAGAAAAUUUGUUGGAGUAUAAACCUGGUGAAUAUAAAAUUCCACAAGAAAUAUCUCACCUUAUAAAUCCAUAUGCAAACCAAUUGAAUUUGUUUAACAUUUUGGAAAGUUUUAUACUAUUGAUGGAAAGGAAAUUCUUCCAAAUAAAACCAAUUGAUGCCAGUGAAGUUACAGCCAGUAAAGAAAAAUAUGAAUCAUUUAAUGAGGAAUUGGAGAAACUGCUGAAGAAGCUUCAUGGAAUUUGUGACCAUCUAACUAUGUUUAAAGCAACACUCAAUCAUGUUGCAAUCAUCAAGAAGAAUAAGUCCAAAUCACUUGAUAUGGUGGAAUCUGUAGAGUCAUUAGAUUCAGUAUUGGCUGUGCCGUUAUUGGAUACUCCUCCUAGGAAUCGUAGUAUCCUAAAAUAACUUUGUAAAAGGGAAUAUAUCAAAUAAAUCUUACUUUUAAAUACGAAA